AAAGAAAAAAGAAAAAAAAAAGAUAUAUACAUGGAAAACAAUAUUCUUUGUGGGAAAUAAAAAAGAUAUUGAACAACGUGAUAUCCUUUGACAAUGAGAAACGGGCGAGUUUUGACUUAGCAUAUAGAUGUAGGCUCAAGAUUUCUAUUUAUACUAUAUAUAUAUAUCUCACAAAUAGUGUUCCUGACUGGGAGCUAAUUCAGAGUGUUAAGGCAAGAGAACUAGGCCUCCAAUCUCAAGUGCAUCAAGAACAUCACAAGGAUUCUUUAAACUUGAUAUCUGUUAGCUCCGAGAUAAAUAUUGUGUGCAGCUGACACUAGUUCAGAUCUUGUGUUGGAAUACUUGGGAUCUGCAAUAUGCCAGUGGCGGAGGAGAAUGGUGAUCCCAGUAUGUAUGAGGCUAACACGUCAAUAACCCAAGAGCAAAAGACGGACGAGGAGGCCACAGACUCCGGCUUGAAUGAGGGCAAACAAGACGAGAAAGAGAAAGUUAAAACUGUUCCGUUUCUUAAGCUCUUUUCCUUCGCGGAUUCCACUGAUAUCCUGUUGAUGAUUGCCGGAAGUAUUGGUGCUGUUGGGAAUGGAAUUUCCAUGCCUCUCAUGUCAUUGCUUAUGGGGCAAAUGAUUGAUUCCUUUGGAAGCAACCAGAGUGAUAAAGAGAUGGUUGAAACAGUAUCAGAGGUGUCUCUAAAAUUUGUCUACUUAGCUGUUGGAGCUGCAACAGCCGCCUUUCUUCAGGUCACCUGUUGGAUGGUAACAGGGGAAAGACAAGCGGCGCGAAUAAGAGGUUAUUAUCUGAAAACUAUACUAAGACAGGAUAUUGCUUUCUUUGAUAUGGAAACAAAUACUGGAGAGGUUAUUGGUAGAAUGUCUGGGGAUACUGUUCUUAUACAAGAUGCAAUGGGCGAAAAGGUUGGAAAAGUUCUGCAGCUGCUGGCUACAUUUCUGGGGGGUUUUACAAUAGCAUUCGUCAAAGGAUGGUUGCUUGCCCUUGUCAUGUUGUCUGCUAUUCCUUUGCUAGUAGCAGCUGGUGCAACUGUGUCUAUUUUGAUAUCAAGGAUGGCAACCCGUGGACAAAACGCUUAUGCAGAAGCAGCUACUGUAGUAGAGCAGACAAUUGGCUCAAUUAGAACUGUUGUAUCAUUUACUGGAGAGAAGCGAGCCAUUCAUGCUUACAAUAAGUUUCUUCAGACUGCUUAUGAAUCAGGUGUGCACGAAGGAAUUGCUUCUGGAGUAGGUAUUGGCUUAGUUAUGCUAGUUGUGUUUGGUAGCUAUGCCAUGGCUGUAUGGUUUGGUGCAAAGAUGAUACUGGAAAAAGGAUAUACUGGAGGACAAGUAAUUAAUGUUAUUAUUGCUGUGUUGACCGGUUCAAUGUCCUUGGGACAAGCAUCUCCUUGCAUGAGUGCAUUUGCUGCUGGUCAAGCGGCAGCAUAUAAAAUGUUCGAGACUAUCAACAGGAAGCCAGAUAUAGAUGCUUCCGACACAAAUGGUAGAGUAUUGGAUGAUAUCCAUGGAGAUAUAGAGUUGAGGGAUGUAUAUUUCAGUUAUCCAGCCAGACCAGAUGAGGAGAUAUUUAAUGGAUUCUCUCUUUCCAUACCAAGUGGCACAACUGCAGCUUUGGUUGGGCAUAGUGGAAGUGGAAAGUCCACAAUAAUCAGUCUGUUAGAGAGGUUUUAUGAUCCAAAAUCCGGAGAAGUUCUUAUUGAUGGCAUUAACCUCAAAGAAUUUCAACUCAAAUGGAUUAGAGGAAAAAUUGGUCUUGUCAGCCAGGAACCUGCCUUGUUUACAUCUAGCAUCAAAGACAAUAUUGCAUAUGGGAAGGAUGAUGCAACCCCCGAAGAGAUAAGAGCUGCAGCUGAACUUGCAAAUGCUGCAAAAUUUAUUGAUAAAUUACCUCAGGGCCUUGACACUAUGGUUGGUGAGCAUGGAACUCAGCUUUCAGGGGGGCAGAAGCAGAGAAUCGCAAUUGCAAGAGCAAUCUUGAAGAACCCUCGGAUUUUACUUUUGGAUGAAGCUACAAGUGCACUUGAUGCAGAAUCUGAGCAUGUAGUGCAAGAAGCAUUGGACAGGAUUAUGGUCGAUCGAACUACAGUUAUCGUAGCCCAUCGUUUGACCACUGUGAGGAAUGCUAAUAUAAUUGCCGUCAUUCAUCGAGGAAAGAUGGUUGAAAAAGGUACACAUUCAGAAUUACUUGAGGACCCUGAUGGAGCAUAUUCUCAGCUUAUACGCUUACAGGAAGUAAAUAAAGAGUCGGAACAAGCAGCAAAUGAGUACAGCAGAUCAGAAAUUUCUAUGGAAUCAUUUAGACAGUCAAGUCAAAGAAGAUCACUUCGACGUUCCAUAAGUAGGGGAUCAUCAAGAAAUAGCAGCAGUCGCCAUGACUCGUUUUCACUCACAUUUGGUGUACCUACAGGACUAAAUGGCCCUGAUAAUGACUUAGAAGAUCUAGAAACUUUUCCAUCCAAAGAAAAAAUUGCAGACGUCCCGCUGCGCCGCCUUGCUUAUCUCAAUAAGCCCGAGAUUCCAGUUCUUAUAGUUGGUACUGUUGCUGCAAGUGUCAAUGGCACAAUACUUCCGAUUUAUGGUGUACUAAUUUCAAAAGCAAUCAAAACAUUUUUCGAACCACCUCAUGAACUGAGAAAGGACUCAAAGUUCUGGGCACUAAUGUUUAUGACUCUUGGUCUGGCAUCAUUUGUGGUACAUCCUUUAAGAACAUUCUUCUUUUCUGUAGCUGGAUCUAAGUUAAUCCAACGGAUCAGAUCUAUUUGUUUUGAGAAGGUGGUUCAUAUGGAGAUAGGUUGGUUUGAUGAUCCUGAGCACUCAAGUGGUGCAAUUGGUGCUAGGCUCUCAGCAGAUGCAGCAGCAGUGCGAGCCUUAGUCGGGGAUGCACUAGCUCAAUUGGUUCAGAACAUUGCAACAGCAGUAGCAGGUGUGGUCAUUGCUUUCACUGCAAGCUGGCAACUAGCAUUAAUUAUCCUUGCUCUAAUCCCUCUGAUAGGUGUCAACGGAUUCGUACAAGUAAAGUUCAUGAAAGGAUUUAGUGCAGAUGCAAAGAUGAUGUACGAGGAAGCAAGCCAAGUUGCAAAUGAUGCAGUUGGGAGUAUAAGGACUGUUGCUUCGUUCUGUGCUGAAGAGAAGGUGAUGCAACUAUAUGAAAAGAAAUGUGAGGGUCCUAAGAAGACAGGAGUGAGACUAGGAUUGAUCAGUGGUAUAGGAUUUGGAAUGUCUUCAUUCUUUUUGUUCUGUUUCUAUGCAACUAGUUUCUAUGCUGGAGCUCGACUAGUUGAGAGCGGCCACAUAACGUUUGCAGAUGUUUUUCAAGUUUUCUUUGCUUUGACUAUGGCAGCAGUAGGAGUUUCUCAAUCUAGUUCAAUGGGUACCGAUUCCACCAAAGCAAAGGCUGCUGCUGCUUCUGUAUUUGGAAUAAUAGACAGGAAGUCAUUGAUUGACUCUAAUGAUGAGUCUGGAACGACGUUAGAAAAUGUUAAAGGGGAAAUUGAGCUUCGUCAUAUAAGCUUUAAGUACCCAUCCAGGCCAGACAUUCAAAUUUUCCGAGACCUCAGCUUGACUAUUCGUUCUGGCAAGACUGUUGCCCUUGUUGGAGAAAGUGGGAGUGGUAAAUCGACAGUGAUUGCAUUGUUGCAAAGAUUCUACGAUCCAGAUUCUGGUCACAUCACACUUGAUGGAGUUGAAAUUCAGAAGCUCCAAUUGAAAUGGUUAAGGCAGCAGAUGGGACUUGUCAGCCAAGAGCCUGCUUUGUUCAACGACACAAUCCGUGCCAACAUUGCAUAUGGAAAGGAUGGAAAUGCGACUGAGGCAGAAAUCAUAUCCGCAGCAGAGUUGGCCAAUGCCCACAAAUUCAUCAGCAGUUUACAACAGGGAUAUGAAACAAUGGUAGGGGAGCGAGGAAUUCAGUUGUCUGGGGGACAGAAGCAAAGGGUAGCCAUAGCCCGUGCUAUAGUGAAAAGUCCAAAAAUACUGCUAUUAGAUGAGGCAACCAGUGCAUUAGAUGCAGAAUCUGAAAGAGUGGUUCAAGAUGCAUUAGAUCGAGUAAUGGUGAACAGGACUACAAUUGUUGUAGCUCAUCGAUUGUCCACAAUCAAGAAUGCUGAUCUUAUUGCAGUGGUUAAGAAUGGAGUCAUAGUGGAGAAAGGAAGGCAUGAGACACUGAUCAACAUCAAAGAUGGUGUCUAUGCGUCCUUAGUUGCACUUCAUAUGAGUGCUAAAACUGCCUAAGCCACUUAUAUUUGUCUCAUUUCAUAGUUUAGACUUUAGAAAACUGGUGCUUCUUUUACUAAAACAAUGAACCAUAUAAAUGUAAAUUGCAUACUUUCUUUCCUUUUCUUCAGAUUAUUAUUUAAAUGUAUCAUAUACGUACACUAUUUUUUGGGUUAAUGAAUGAGAACAAACUAUAGGCCACAGGGGCACUUACGGCAAGGGCUCUGACAAAUGGCACAUUGCAUUUC